GAAACAAAAAAACAACAAAAAUAGAAAAUAUCGAAAAUGCGGUGAGAGAGAGAGACUCUCAUCAUAUCGUGCUGCGUAGGGCUUUUGACUCCCUUCUUCUCUUUGCUUUUGUAGCCACUCUACACACAGUCCACACCUACUUCUCUCACGCCCGAAGUAUACGCCUUUCUCUACCUUGAGAUCGGCGUCAGAUCCUCCGCCGCAUCUUCUUCUCUUCACUAUCUCUUCCCCGAUGAUGGAAUCCGGCGGUGGUUUCGUGGCCAUGGAAGAGAGGAUCUCUCCCGGUAGCUUCUUCCAGUUUCCACUUUCUGGAUUCCGUGCUUCUCCCAAUCGAUCCCCUUGUCCUCCCUCUGAUCGUGAUAGGUACUUGACUGAGUUAUUGCAAGAGAGACAAAAGUUGGUUCCUUUUUUGCAAGUUAUGCCAAAUUGCUGCCGACUGCUAAAUCAAGAAAUCAGGAGGGUCUCUAGUUUUCCUGAUCUUGAUAGAUAUGAGCAUGGCAGUCCAUUUAGAUCGCUUGGUCAGCCGACAAAUGGAAAGCUUGAUUUAGAGGGAUGGUCAAUGAUGCAAGCCGAGGAAAACUGUCACCUCCAGAGAGGUUCUCCAUUUCGUGCUCCUGCCUCAGUGGGCUGGAUUGGGAUGCCUGGACUCCCUAACCCACCCAUUGUGAAAAGAGUGAUAAGACUUGAUGUGCCAGUGGAUAAAUAUCCAAGUUAUAAUUUUGUUGGGCGGAUUCUUGGGCCACGUGGAAACUCCCUGAAAAGAGUUGAGCUAGCAACCCACUGCAGGGUGUUUAUUAGAGGGCGAGGAUCUGUGAAGGAUACUGUCAAGGAGGAAAAACUAAAGGGUAAGCCAGGGUACAAGCAUCUCUGCGAGCCACUACAUGUACUGAUCGAAGCCGAGCUUCCAGAGGACAUAAUAAACUCUCGAUUGGAGCAUGCAGUGCAUUUCCUCGAGUCACUCCUAAAGCCAAUGGACGAAUCAAUGGAUCACUACAAGAGGGAACAGCUGAAGGAGUUAGCUGCUUUGAAUGGUACACUAAGGGAGGAGAGUCCGAGUCCGAGCUUGAGCCCUUGUCUGAGUCCAAGCAUGUCACCUUUCAACAGCAAGCGUGCUAAGACUGGACAAUAAAGAUUUGACCUGAAAGAUGAUCAAUGUUUAUUUUUCGCUGCUUGGGACUGAAAUCAUGGCAUGGUCGUGUGGGCAGGACAAAGGCUCUCUUUGCAUUGCUCAUCUCUCGCCGCGAGGUGACAUUGUUCUUCUAAGUUCUAACGUUUGGACUUCUCAAUUAAUUUAUUUUGUCAUUAAGUUUAUUCUUUAUUUUUGAAAAUUUUGUUGGUUAGCUGAGAUGACCAUUAACCAGAGGGUAAUAAACUAAUAAUGGUGUUUAAUGAAAUGUAAUCUCGUUUUCAGUCAUGUACCCUUUAUUUAAGUUUGAAACCCAACAUUAAUUUCAUUUGAA